AUGUGGGGGAGCGUAUCCGGUGGUAUGGGUAUCGCGUGGACAGGGUGGGCAGGGCAGCUAGGUAUUCUCGACAUGUCCAUGCAGCCGGAGACCGCUUUGGGUAUCGGAAUGCUUGGCGCGAUUGCCGGAGUGAGGUGGGCUAUCGGGCGGUUCGAAGGGGCUAAACGCAAGUGGUGGAAGGACUAUAAUAGGGUUGGAGAAGGUCUAGAGAGGAAUCUCAAGGAUACCCUUGAGCAGGUCAUCACCGAACGGGUGUUGUUGAUCCCAGAGCAGGCAACGUCUGGAUUGGAUCGCUUGAUAUCGAAGCGUAAGGACGAGAUAGAGGAGCUAAGAGAGGAAGUUGUAGGGCUAGACGAGCACCUAAACGAGAUCACAUCGCCUUAG